CAGGAACACGUGACGGCUACAGAGCACGUGAUCCGGGGAAGAUGGCGGCGCCCAGGAGUCACCCGCCUGAAGAGGGCUCUGAUAGCAGUGAUAGUGAUGAAGAGAAGCAGCGGCUGAAGGAGGCGGCAUGGGAGCCCCCGGGUGUCAAGAAAUGUGUUCAGCAUCAGCAGGAUUCUGUUGCAACAGUUAUGCCAAGUCUACGGGUUCGCCCCGACAACCAUGAGCAUGAUGGAAACGAACUACAAACUACACCUGAAUUUCGUGCACAUGUGGCCAAGAAGCUUGCUUCCAUAUUGGACAGCUGCAUUAAAGAAAUUCCAGGAAGCAGCAGUCUACAAGAGCCUAAAGAAGAAACUGAACAAGAGGAAGAAGGUUUUCGGUUAUUAAGCACAUCCAUUCCUGGGGAUCCUGGCACUGUGGCACCUUCUACUCUUCCAAAGCGCAAGGCAGCAUAUUCUAGCAGUGAGGACAGCGAAGAGGAAAAUGAGCGUCGGUGCCGUGAAGCAGCUGUGUCAGGGUUAGACAUUCUAAAACAUAGUGCUCUGUGUCCAGUUGCGGUUCAGAGUUCAGACACACCCAGUAAUCAUCAACUUACAAAGAAACACAAAAAGAAGAAGAAGAAAAAGGACAAGGAGCUGAAGGAAGGGUCUGAUAUUGACCAUCAAGGUUCAAGGCAAGAUCAUGAAUCUAGGAAAGACAUCAAGGUGGACACUCAAAGUCAAUCACAGGACUUAGGGCUGGAGCAUGAAACCAAUGGCUUUAAAAUGAAGAAAAAGAAGAAAAGGAAGAACAAACAAUUUGUUAAUGAGACUAACCCAGACUAUUAGGACUUAAAUCAGGAAUACGAAUAAAGCAGUUUGUAAAAGGACAAACGAGCAGGGUAAGGAGUUAGAAUCAGACCAGGACACAGGACAACAGCAUGAAUCCAUUGGUUAUAACAAGAAAAAGAUAACUUUGGAUAAUUGUAAAGAACUGGCUGGCAAAUCAGAACACAACUGCGGUCGUCUUGACAGAUAGUUCAGUAUCUUCCCCUGUGACUGACAUGUACAAAAAGUGUUUAAUGAACACUGUUUUAUAUGAAAUAAAGAAUGAAAUAGGAGAAUAGUAAUAUCUA